GUCUCAUCGUAGCACCCACCGGGAGUGGUUGUCCCCGCCAGAUGUGAAUCGCGUUUUCGUCGUCGUCAAACGGAAACGGAACAAACGCACGGAUUCGCGUGAUUAGUGCACGGAUUGUUAACCUUGAUUGUUUAACCCACUCAUCGGUGUUCUGUUGGAGUGUGGCUGAUAUUUGUAGUUGAGUGCGAAAGCGAUUCGAUAUCUGCAAAGCCCUGGACGAGUGAAAUCGAAUCGAACUUGAGGCACGAGCCCUGGUGAGGUAAAGGUGAAUUGCAAACUAAAUAGUGAACCUUACAGUGAUAGCGAUGAUAAGUGGUGGUUAGUGGAGUUCCUUUCUCAAGAAGACGUCCCCUUGAGUUGGAGAUAAGGCAGUGAUGCAACGUUGUUGAUACUGGGAAUUGAAGGGGAGUUACGGGGAAGGUUUACUCGAGAUAGUUCUGUGCGAAGGGUCCCUCGAAGGCAAUGUGAUAAUUGGAACGCACAAAGGGAAUAUUGAUUAGAGAAUUGAUUGGAAGAUAUUCGUUGGGAUCUUCGGUCAGGUGGACGGUAGACAACAUUCAGUUUUCUGCUGUUGGAAUCAGUCAAACGCGGUAGGUUGGAGAGCGAAGAUCGAGACAAAGAAUACGCGGAACGGAUUUGGACGUCUUGGAACCGAUACGGAAAGGAUUCUGAAGAUUCUCCCAUUUAAACAGCUGUCAACACGGGUACGGGCUGCAGCAGGGGCUCCCACGCUGACGCCAUUACGCCUUCGGCCACUAUCAGCGGCAACAAAACGACCUCUAGCGGGAACAGCACCCCAACCAGUCAUCGCCCGCCAUGGAAAAGCUGAGGGCGGCUAAGAAAGUCGCCCCGGAUGGCGGCUGGGGCUGGAUGGCCUGCUUCGGCGUUAGUUUGGUCAAUCUUUCAACGCGUUCGAUUGAGCCCUCGUUUGGGUUGCUGUUUGGCGAUUUGCUGAAUGAUUUGCAAGUGGGCACCACCGGAGCGGCCAUCAUCAUCAGCGCCCUGGACGUAAUGAUGAACUUUUCCGGCCUGUUUGUGGGGCCGCUGCUGAAGGAGUUCUCCUACCGGAAGGUGGCCAUCGCCGGGGCACUGCUUUGUUGGUUGGGGCUUGCGCUUACCUCGCCGGCCACCAGCAUGGGGCACAUACUGGCAACCUACAGUGUGAUUAACGGAAUCGGUGUCGGUUUGGCCACAUCCGCCGCAUUCGUCGCCCUCAACCACUACUUUGCGAAGAAACGAGGUCAAGCUGUGGGCCUGUCGAUGGCCGGCACCGCCCUGGGAAUGCUCAUCAUGCCCCAGUUGGUACGGUUCCUGCUGGAAACGUACGACUUUCGGGGCGCAGUUUUGCUACUAAGUGGCUUGGCAUUGCAUGCUGCCGUUGGAGCCACGCUUCUGCAACCCAUCAAGUGGCACCUGAAAGAGGAAGAAGUGGACAUUGAAAUGGUGGAAGCUCCCGCCAUGGGCAUCAUUUUGGAACAGGAAGACGACGGCGACAAUGACAGUCUGCCGGAGAUCAAGACUCUGUUGUUCCCCCGCAGGGACCGGAAACUGUCGGAGAACUGUCCAUCGCCGCAACCGAAUGGACUGCCGAAGAGGCCGACCUUCCCAAGGAUAACGUCAAGUGUGAGCGUCCAGGCCGGAACGGGUAUGCGGACGAGACCGUCGUUUCCUCGGAUUACGUCGACGGCUAGCAUGAGCUUGGCAUUGAGGAAGCGGCGUGAAUCGGUCGUUUCACGCCUUUCGGCGCUCGAUUUCACCGGUAGUGGAAGCUGCAUGCACAUUCACAUGGAUACGGGCGACGCCGACGCGGAGGAUGUCGACUACGAAAUCAUUCGGCGCGUAAAUACCCACGUCGGUUCAUUCGCACGUGCUCCCAAGCGUAUCGACACGGUCAAAUCGGAGCUGGGUUUGGAGAUGGUUAAACCGAAAGUGUCCUUCCUGCAACGCUUCACGGCCCUGAUGGAUGUCGGGCUGCUGCGGGAUGUCAUUUAUUUGAACAUCUUGUUUGGGCUGUCGAUUUUCUACGUGGCCGAGAUGAACUUCAAAAUGGUGACGCCGUUCUUUUUGUCUAGCUUGGGAUUCAGCAAGGCGGAAACGGCGUACUUUUUGUCGGUGUCGGCACUGACGGAUAUUGCUGCGCGUAUCAUCGUACCGCCUAUAGGGGACAAACUGCGGAUCCGGAAACGGUUGCUGUUCAUGACGUCGUUGGUUUUCGUGGCCAUCACUAGAUCGAUCGUGGCCCAUCAGCGAACCUACACCGAGUUGAUGGUGUGGCUGUCGAUCACCGGUUUCUUCCGUGGAGUCGCCCUGGCCAACUUCACCUUGUGCGUGUCGGAGUAUUCUUCCCUGGAGAAACUUCCGGCGGCCUUUGGGUGGCACAUGGUCGGCAAGGGAGUGUUUGUGAUUGCAUUUGGACCCCUGAUUGGCGCCAUUCGCGAUUGGACCGACAGCUAUCCGAUAUGUAUCCACGCGCAGUCGGUUUGCAUUUUCCUGUGCGUGUUUGCCUGGUUGAUCGAGUUCGCGAUCAAGCGGUUCCGGACGAAAAAGGUUGUGGAAGCCAAUCCGAGCAUGGCGGCGUAAGAUUACUGGAGAAGAACCCUAGUUGCCUAGUGAAAGUUGAUGUGUUUUUAGGAACAAAUUUUCCUAUUCUCUAGAUAAAACUAAAAUAUUAUCGAGUAAGCAUAAGACUGCGAUAUACAUUUAGACAAGGUACACCCUGUAUUGUUUAUAUCAUCCAAGGUUUAGAAAACAGAAUAACGCGGUCGUACUGUAAAAAAACGAAAAAGUACUUACAAAACGCGUGGAACAAAAUGGUAUCAACUUUCGAAAAAGUAUAUGAGCGCAGUAUUAGGUGGAGAACUACUUUUAGCGUAAUUCACAUACACAUCUAUUCGAACUGGCGAGUACUGAAAAUGAGCAAGCCUUAUAGCGCUUAACCUGAUUGUAGGAAGAUACAAACAGAAAUCCCAUCGAAGACGGGAGCUGUGUUGUUUUGAUAGAUUUAUCAAUGUUAAGUAGGACGAGUAGCGUAGUUUAGUGCCAGCCCAUCUUCUGGUAAAGAUGGGUUGUUAGUGUAAGAAUUAUAAGAAUGGAGUUAAACAAAACAUGGAAAAACUGUGUAGGACAUAGAACCAGAACAAUAUUCUAAAUGUUAGGAAAAAUUGAACAAUAAAGAGCUGCGGGAGAAUCUCGGAGGGUUUUCGCAUACGCAUGUAAGCAAAAAGUGAUACCGCUGUGCUAAAUAAACACAAUAUGGGAGAAAUAUUGUAGACAUGAA